AUGUCAAUGCUCGUCUUGCCCACGGAGCUUGUUGACGCGGUAGCGUCGUACGUGGAUGCGCGAGAGGACUUGCUGUCGUUCGCGCUCACAUGCAGAGCAUUCAAAUGCAUCGCCGUCCCAAGACACAUAGACUACCGGCUCGUGCGCUGCCAUCAUCGACGACACACAGUCUGGCGCCACCUUGCGGCGCGCCCCGACCUGGCGCGGAACGUGCGCGUCGUAGAAGUUAUCGGGGAGCUCGACCCGAUGCGGUACGGCCCCGAACGGGUGCCGUCGUUCUUGUGCGAGGCGAAGAUCAAGGCAGCAAAGAAGGAGCGGCGGCCCUCAAAUGCGGAGGGCCUCGCGCUCGUCGGCGAGGCGUUGGGGAAGAUGGUCAAUCUGCAGAAGUUCGCGUGGUCGACGUCGCUGUGCUUUACGAGGGAGGCGGAGCGGGAGGCGGAGGCGGGCAUCUGGCUGGCCGUGAGCCGGCAUCAGCUGGUGAAGCACGUCGAGUUCGUGCAGGCCAUCAACCCCCCUGCGGCGUUUUUGGCAGGGCCGAGCACGUAUCCUAUGUGGUCCAUGACGAAUUUAAGAUCCCUUCUGGUUGAGAAUGCUGCGUUUCUGAGACAAGAGGAGAGCGUGCGGUGUUUUGCCGGCGUGCUCCAGCAUUCCCCGGGGCUCGAGAGCCUCCGUCUAGCCCUGUACGACUGGUCCUUCAACAUGGCGCACCUCUUCUCGAACAUCACACUCCCUAACCUAAUCUGCCUUUCCCUCGAGAUCUACGCCGACCCAGACGCGAACGCCAAGCCUUUCGCUGAAUUCCUCGAGCGCACGCCGUCCCUCCAAUCCCUCAAGUUCCAAUACCUUUCCCUCCGCCCCCUCAAACCGGGCAGCCUGCCCUCUCUUAAGCGUGUCUCAAGUGACCAGGGCGAAGACGAGCCGCUCACGACGAUUUUGGCCGAUUCCCAGGGCCGCGCUCUCGAGGAGGUCAGCGGGAUUCCGCUGAACGAUAGAUACCUGGACUUGCUGAAGAACGUGGAUGGCAACGCGCUGCGGAUGCUAGAAGUGACGUGGUUCGACUCGAUAGAAGCGCUGUUGAGGGUGGCAGAGAUGUUUCCCCGGCUGGUGUGGCUGCGCGUGCCCUCCGUGGACUACAUGUACGACUGGGCCGGCGUGACGAAGGCGCCCGUGCAUCUGGGGCAAUGGGCGAGGGUAUUGGACUGCUUCCCGGGGCUCAAAGUAUUCCACGGCAUUGCGUUCUUCAGAGACCCAAAGGAAUCGACCAUGAUCGUUGACAACGACGAACGCGCUCGAGAGAUAGCGCUCAUGUCGGAGACGUUGUAUAGGGUAGAUCAUUGGGAGGCUGAUCCAGGGAAAGCGAUUUUCAUAGUCCGCGGUGACGAGGGUGUCACUUGGAGGGAAGCGAGUGUCCCGCUUCAAGAUCUAUAA